UUCGUCCCGAAACAGAAUACGCUUCCUAUAUAUACAAUUUCCCCUGCUUCUGUGCUCUGGCAGUUUGUAUUGAUAACUUCGACCAUUUCAAGCAAGCUUCAACUGUUUCUUGCAACUUCGAUCGUGUAAGGAAAAACUUUUCCUUCUCUUCAAUUUCAUAUAUUAAUUUUCUCACUACCCAAACAGAGGGUGGAACAGAUCAAUUGUCUACAUGGCGAAAUGCUACCCGACUGUGAGCGAGGAAUAUCAGAAGGCAGUAGAUAAAUCCAAGAGAAAGCUCCGAGGGCACAUCGCUGAGAAGCACUGCGCUCCUAUAAUUCUCCGAUUAGCAUGGCACUCGGCUGGUACCUUCGACGUGCAAAGCAAGACAGGAGGGCCGUUCGGGACCAUCAGGCACCCGGAGGAGCUUGCUCAUGAAGCAAACAAUGGCCUGGAUAUUGCGGUCAGGCUUUUGGAGCCGAUCAAGGAGAAGUUUCCGAUUCUCUCAUACGCAGAUUUCUACCAGUUGGCCGGAGUUGUUGCUGUGGAAAUUACAGGGGGGCCUGAUGUUCCUUUCCACCCUGGUAGACCGGACAAACAAGAACCGCCACCAGAAGGUCGCUUGCCGGAUGCCUCCAAAGGUACGGAUCAUUUGAGGGAUGUCUUUGGUCACAUGGGUCUUAGUGACAAGGAUAUUGUUGCAUUAUCCGGUGGACACACAUUGGGUAGGUGCCACAAGGAACGUUCUGGAUUUGAGGGACCCUGGACAACCAACCCUCUCAUUUUUGACAACUCCUAUUUCAAGGAACUUCUUAGUGGAGAGAAAGAAGGCCUUAUCCAGCUGCCAUCAGACAAGGCUCUUCUGGAGGAUCCUGUCUUUCGUCCUCUUGUUGAGACCUAUGCCUCGGACGAGGACGCUUUCUUUGCGGAUUAUGCUGAAGCACAUUUGAAACUCUCAGAGCUUGGAUUUGCUGAUGCCGAGUAAAGGGGGAUUGUAAAUAAGGCAGCGAUGGCUUGUGUGAUGUUAAUUCUUCCAGACCAGGCUGAAUAUAUGCUUGUAAAUUGUAUUAGUUGUUGGUGUGUGGUUUUCUGGCUAUAUCCAAUAAGCCUUUGUGACUGUUGGUGAGUGUGGUAAUAAUAUGACUUAAACUUGUGUUUAUCAUAA